AUGACGUCCCCCUCUCGAUUCAGUGCCUUAGCACUAAUCAAUGCAACACACUGUGGCAAAAGCAAAACCGGCAAUGAAUCCAGCGUAAAUGAAGUGAUGCUUACUUUGGCAUCCUUCACUAUGCUUUUUUGUGUGUUGGGAAUGUUGGGCAACGGCCUUGUGAUCUGGCUGCUGGGCUGUUCCAUUAAGAGGAACACUUUUGCCCUUUAUAUUAUCAACCUCUCUGUUGCGGACUUUGGUUUCCUCACCGCUGAACUGAUUAUUGAAAUCCAUGGGCUUUCUACACAUUGCUACUAUGGCUUUCCCUAUGAACUCUUCCAAACGGUCCUGCUGUUAAUGUACAGUGCUGGGCAAUUUCUCCUGACGGUCAUCAGCAUCGACAGGUGUAUUUCGGUCCUUUUCCCAAUUUGGUAUCGAUGCCACCGGCCGGUGUAUCUGUUCACUGCUGUGUGUGCUGUCAUCUGGACCACUUCCUUCAUCCUCUCUUCAAUUUACUUCACAAUUGCAGCUAUUCAUAGAUAUAAACGAAAGUAUACCGUGAAGCAUCACUUCAUCGUUAAUGCUGUGCUUUGUCUCCCACUGAUGACAAUCUCCAGUGUCAUCUUGUUUAUCAAAAUCUGCUUCAUAUCCAAAAGCCAAAGGAGGAGGAAGCUUUUGACAGUUGUCUUGCUCACUCUUUUCUUCUUCUUAGUCUUGGCUUUUCCACUAAAUGCCUUUUAUUUAAUCAGGCACAAGUUUGUAAAUAAAAAUAUUGUACAUUGUAGCUACUUAUGUAUCAGCAUCAACAGCAGCAUUAACCCCCUGAUCUAUUAUCUGGUGGGGAGACAGAAGGGUAAAACUCAGAGGAGCAUCAAAGACUUGCUUCAGAGAAUUUUUAAGGAGGAAGAAAACUCUACCGAUCAAACGGAAAUUUCAGAAGGUUCCAAAAUCUGA